CAGCGGCAGCAGCAGCACCCGCAGCUGCUGCUGCUGCGGGGGCCUCCCCCUCCAGCUCCUCCUCUCCUCUUCCUCCUCCUCCUCCUCCUGUCUAGUAGAACUGCAGCGCAGCGCACAGGGCCCCUCCCCCACCUCUCUCCCUCUCCCUCUCUCUUCCCCUCCCCUUCCCUUCCUUUCGCUUCGCUUGCUUUGCCGCACCCGGCGCAGCGCCCAGCAGAGCACGCACAGCGCGACCCGCGAGGGGGGGCCCUGGGAUGAGUGGACAUUCGAUUGAUGCGAUCUGGACGUCGUGCUGCUGCUGCUGCUGGCCUCGGAUGGUGUCUGAACAGGUCUGACGGAUUGACGGAUUGCUGGACCGAGGACGCCCGAUCGCUCGUAUGAAUGAAUCGCACUCCCGGCGAGACAGCGACCGAGCGAGGCGCAGCACCUCGAUUCACAAUUGAGUGAGUCUGAGUCUGGCGAUUUGUCGAGCCUUAGAGGGAGCGAGAGACAGAGAGCGAGCGAGCGAGCCAAGGUGACAAGGGUGGAGUGAGGUCGAUUAGGUUCGUGGCCGGGCUGGGACGGCGAGCGUUCGAUGCGUGUGGGGCGAGACUGUGGUCUGAGGAGGUGAAAUUCGAGGGAAGGAGUAGGAUCCACGCCUUCUGUGCGGAGCAGAUGAAGAAACGGUGCGCCUGCUGCGAGGAGCUUCUCACAGGACCGGUCUGGAUGGAGUGCGUGAGUGAGCGUGCGAGUGCCUGAGUUCGGGGCUCGUGUCAUCGGAUUUGCGUGGGGGAUGACUGCGUCUGUCGUUCCUCUGAGCAGGUCAUUUUUUAUGUGUAUGUGCACAUUUGGCACCACCCGACGCUCUGCGAUUCGCUAGCGCGACGGGCGUCAAGCCUGAGCUCCUCGUCGAGAAGCAGGUUCAAUGACUCUGUAUGGACUGAAUCUCAGCAAUGUCUGCAAUCAAUUGUGAUUUUUAUCACGUGAAGUUUUUAUCUUUUUAAGGAACUUCUGGGAACUCGAGGAUUUGUUGAUAUCAUCAGCCCCUCUCAAUUGAGGUCAUUCCUCCAUUUCCUUCACUUCAAAAUCCAUAUCCAGACUGGGAAUUUCGGGCCAUGGAAAUCAAUUGAACUUCUCUACUGGUCGGAAAGUAAUGUGCAUCAGGAACGCGUUGAAGACUAUCAAGGAUACGGCGUUUUAUCAAGCUGGAAUACCUAGAUCUUUUUCUUUUGUUGGCUCUUCCUUCUCCCGAUUUAGAUUCAGAGGCUGGCAGCGUUAGAUUAAACGCCCGAGAUGGCGUUCCGACAAGCUGGGGCCUCACGGCGGAGGGUUGCGAGUAAAAUAUACCAGACCCUCGGCGAACAUUCUGUGGUGCCAAAUCCACUUUGGAACACAUUCUCUCAAUCUAAGUCCUCCUAUGCUGAUGGACACUCUUUUAUCAGACGUCACUACUCUGCGUCCGAAUAUUUUUUGCAUCGUCGAGAUUCAGAGGACGGGUCCACUCAGCCGCGAUCCUUGGAGGAACGAAAGGAAUUUUCUUACAAGAGUUUUACUGGAACUGGCGUUCCGCAUAGCCGAAUCUGGCCAGAGUUCGCAACAGCUCCGGGGUUAAAGCAGGCUAGAGGGGUGAGUUUCGAUCCGCUGAGAAGUAGAUUGUUCUCUUCACAGACUCGCGUAUUGUAUGGUCCCUCUACUUCAUCAGCCAGUGCUGCCGCUCCCACUUCUUACCAGGAAGAUGAGGACGCUCAAAAGACAAAGAAAGCGGAGCCUUCUGCCGAAGAAUGUGAUCAAGCCGUCGUUGGAUUGAGCUCUGCAAAGGCCAAAGUGAAGCAGAAUCAAGAUGUUGCAAAAAAGAGUGACGCAAGUCAGUCCCAAGGGCUUGUAAAAAAGUUUUGGAGCGUGAUUUUAGGGAUCGUGCCUGCUAUUAGAGCAAUAUUGGCUAUGAGCAGGGAGGACUGGUCGAAGAAAAUAUCUGGAUGGAAAAAACACAUUUGGCAGGAAUUGCAGCAUUAUUGGUUAGGGACCAAACUUCUGUGGGCAGAUACGCGCAUCUCUUCAAGGCUGCUAUUGAAACUUGCUGGAGGAAAGAGCCUGACUCGUAGGGAAAGACAGCAGUUAACGAGAACAGCAGCUGACAUCUUUAGGCUGGUGCCAUUCGCUGUUUUCGUUAUUGUUCCUUUCAUGGAGUUUCUGCUUCCGGUUGCUCUCAAAUUGUUCCCAAAUAUGCUCCCUUCCACGUUUCAGGACAAGAUGAAGGAACAAGAGCAACUCAAAAAGAGAUUGAAUGCCAGGAUACAGUACGCUAAAUUCUUGCAAGAUACUGUUGGAGAGAUGGCCAGAGAGCUCAAAUCCACGCGUAGCGGAGAGCUUCAGAGAACAGCCAACGAUCUGGACGAGUUCAUGAAUAAGGUUCGAACUGGAGGGGACGUCACCAAUGACGAAAUACUGAAUUUCGCGAAGCUUUUUAAUGAUGAACUGACCUUGGACAAUAUCAGCAGGCCAAGGCUCGUCAGCAUGUGCAAGUACAUGGGCAUCCAGCCCUACGGGACUGAUGCUUAUCUCCGCUACAGCCUUCGGACAAAAUUGAAUUGGAUCAAAACUGAUGAUAGAAUGAUCCAAUCUGAAGGUGUAGAAUCAUUGUCAGAGUCCGAGCUUAGGGCGGCAUGCAGAGAGCGAGGAAUGCUGGGUUUGUUAUCAGUGGACGAAAUGAGACAGCAGCUAAACGACUGGCUUGACCUUUCUCUGCAAAAGUCUGUGCCAUCUUCGCUGUUGAUUCUGUCGAGAGCUUUCAUGGUGUCAGGAAGGAUUCGGCCUGAAGAGGCGAUGCAGGCCACUCUUUCAUCUCUACCUGACGAGGUGGUGGAUUCUAUCGGCACUGUAUCUGCUGCUGGUGAAGAUGCAUUAGCAGAGCGCAAACGUAAACUGGAGUUCCUGAAAGAGCAAGAAGCACUCAUUAAGGAAGAAGCAGCAAAAGAGAUGGAAGAGCAAGAAAGGGCUAAGAUUGAGCAAGAAAGACAGAAAGCUGAGGAAAAGAUUAAGCUGGUUGAGGAGGACAUUUCCUUUCAUCAAGAAAAUGUUGCAAAUGCCCAAGAGGGCCAGCAGAUGGCUCAGCAGAUGGCUGAAUCGAAAUCCAUCGAUAAGAAGGAAGAGCUGUGUAAGAUCAGUAGCGCACUGGCCGUUCUGGCUUCUGCUUCGUCUGUCAGCAAGGAGCGUGGCGAGUUCUUAAGGCUUGUCAAUAGAGAGAUUCAGCUGUACAACAAUAUGGUCGCUAAGGAAGGUACUCCCGAGGAGGAAGAGGCCCGCAAAGCCUACAGAGCAGCUAGAGAAGACAGUGAUCAUGCUGCCGAAGUCGCCUCCGAGAGUCGUGUUUCUUCCGCUCUAAUUGAAAGGGUUGAUGCCAUGUUGCAUAAGCUGGAGAAGGAACUUGAUGACGUCGACGAGAAAAUUGGUGACCGGUGGAGGAUACUCGAUAGGGAUUAUGAUGGUAAAGUUACAGCGGAAGAAGUUGCUGCUGCGGCCAUGUAUUUGAAGGAUACCCUCGGUCAGGAGAAUUUACAGGAGCUAAUCAGCAAAUUGGCGAAGGAUGAAGAUGGGAAAAUUUUGGUGGAGGACAUUGUAAAGCUCGGAAGCUCUGCAGAUGUAGAGGAAGAACAUCAAAGUGAAGGACACGGUGACGAUGGGAGAGAACAGCAAAAGCAACCUGUGUCCUUGUAGAUUCAGCCCCUGACAAUUAUAAUUUCAUGCUUAGUUAGAGCUUUGGUGUACAGUGAGAGAGGGAGAGUAAACUGUUGAGAUGUGGGGCUAGGCUACCUUGAGGUUGACUCACGCCUAAUCUUGUUGAGUCUUUUAGGUUGAUUCCCUAUGCAUGCCUGCAGAAGAUAUAUAUGAAAGCUAUAUCAUGCCAGCUUCCGGUCGUAGGGAAGUACGGGAACUUUGUCCCUUGACCACGAGGAGUGGUCAUUAUUGUGAAUGAAUGAUCAGUCAGUCUGUCACCAUAUAACGGCCUCGGCUAUACAAGUGUCUCGCCGUGUAAUUUUGUUGCUCAUAAAUGAUA